AUGGGGAGCAAAGAGGAGGAGCAGGACCCGGACCAGGAGGGCUCCCCAGAAGCGAAUCCCCGAGCCCGGCUGCUUGGGGAGCGGGUGGCGCGCAGCUUGAGAGUGGAGCCGGAGCGCUGGGCGCGUUGCUUGGAAUCUGCCGAAGCGCGGCUGCUGCUGCGCGCCUUCCUGGAUAGCGAGCCAGCCGGGCGGCUUCUGUUUGUCACUCAAGGGACAGCGGGGCAGUUGGCGCUGGCCGAGGAGCUGGUUUUGCCGCCCACUGCUGGCCGCUCUUCCAAAGGGGUCUUCCUGCUGCGCCUCGCAUCCGGACCGCUGCGCUCGCCUCCCGCUCCCGGGCAACUUCUAUAUGGAGACCUGUCGGUAGCCACCCUUGACCAGCUGGCCACGCUGGUGGAAGAGGUAAUGAUGCCUCUCUUGGUGAACCAGAGAAACCAUCACAGUUGGCCCAAUGUAGUAUCCCAAGAUAUUAUUAAUCAUGUCUGCUCUCUGAAAAGGAGUGUUUUUGUGAUGGUUGGCCAAAUUAGAGGAAAAACAUUGCUAUCUCUACCUAUUGAGCCUGAGAGGGAGAGAUGCAUUAACUCUGACAAUGAGAAAAAUACUGAACUGGUAGAUAAGUCUAUUAUUCAUGCAAUUGAGUCUUCUGUUAUUGAAUGGACCCACCAGAUCCAGAAUGUUCUUAAGAGACAAUCUUCAGAACUGCUUUUGCAAGGCAAAGAUCCCCAUCCAAUGGUGGAGUUGGAUUUUUGGAAAAAUAGAUAUGAGGAUUUACAGUGUAUUUAUAGCCAACUAAAAGCCAGAAGAAUUUUGACCAUGUUAGAACUACUAGAUAAGGUGCAAAGCACUUACUUCCCAGCACUCAAAUCCAUCUUCAGUGAUGUAGAAGCAGCUUUGAUUGAAGCCCAGGAUAUAAAUAUGCACCUAAAGCCUCUCCAGUGCCCAUUGGAAGAAAUAGAAAAUGUGGAAUUUAAUGAGUUGAAACCAUUAUUAAAUUGCAUGCUUCAUAUAGUGUGCUUAAUAUGGGGCACUUCAAAAUAUUACUGUGCACCUGCUAGGAUAAUUGUGCUUCUUCAAGAAAUCUGCAAUCUUCUUAUUCAGCAGGCCAAGAAUUUUCUCAGUCCAGAAGAUCUACUUAAAGGAGAACCAGAAGAAAGUCUGAAUAAAGUUCAGAACGCUUUUAAUGUUUUUGACUACUUUAAACAAUUUUUUGAAGAAAGAAGAGAAAAUCUUAGUAAUUAUUUUCAACCAGGAGAAGAAGUAAAGCAAUGGGAUUUUCCUCCUGUAAUGGUUUUUGCACAACUGAAUAAUUUCCUAGAGAGGCUUCAUGUAGUACAUGAUCUUCUGAUGACAGUUCUGGAUAUAGAGAAAUUGGAGAAGUUGGAAUUUAGUGGCAUAAAAGGCAAAUCUCUGAGUCAGCAAGUCCUGAGUAUGCAUGAAGAAUUCCAGGAAAUGUAUAAUGUAUUUUCAGGACGGACUUAUGACUGUCUGGAUGUGGCUAAUACGGAGUUUGAAAAUGAUGUGUGUGACUUUAAGAGCAAAAUGGAAGAUAUUGAUCGGCGGUUGGGGACUCUCUUUGCCAAAGCCUUUGAUGAUGCAGCUAGUGUGGAGCAUGCAUUCAAGCUGAUAGACAUUUUUGGAAGCCUCCUGGAUCGACCAAUGAUAGCAGCAGAAGCCUAUGAUAAAUAUAAUUUUCUCAUCACAAUGUUUGACAAAGACCUUGAUGAUGCUAAAUUGAUCUACCUGAAACGUAUUGAGGAGGAGACAAACAUAGGGUAUUCACCAGUGCAUAAGAAUAUGCCUUUGGUGGCUGGAGGGGUUCAGUGGGCUCAGGAACUAAAACACAGGAUCAAAAUCCCAUUUAGUAAUUUCAGACACCUCAGUUAUUGUUCCUUAGAUUCUAUGGAAGGCAAAAAAAUGGUGCAAAAGUAUGAAGAUUUGAUCCAGUUAUUAGAAAGAUAUCAAGAGAAGCUGUAUGAAGACUGGUUCCAGACUGUCUCUGUGAAAGCUCAGUAUAAUCUCACUCAACCGCUUAUCCGACGAGAUCCAGAGAAUAAACUGAUUACUGUCAAUUUUGACCCUCAGUUGGUGUCCGUUCUAAGAGAAGUGAGCUACCUUGGAGAAGAUCAGAUUGGGAACAUCCCAGAAACAGCAGCAGAAAUAUAUUCAUCUAGGGAAUCCUUCAGGCAAUUAGUGGCCAACUUGGAUUUAAUGGUUACUUGGUACAACAAAACAUUGUGCACUGUCCUAGAGGUGGAAUAUCCACUCAUAGAGAGUCAGUUGCAUGAAAUUGAUAUUCAGCUGAAAGAAGCAGAAGAAACAUUAAAUUGGAAAACAAAAGGCCUUUGGGAUCGCAUUUCACACAUGGUUAACAGUGUUCGAAAUCUUGAGCAAAUGAUUCAGAAGACCAAAGACAACAUCGAGGAAGUUCAGAAUAUGAUGAAAUCUUGGGUCUUUCCAGUUUUUGAAAGAAAAGAUGGGAAAAAAGAAUCUCUGCUAAACCUGGAUAAUCAGCAUGAGCGACUGAACAAACACUAUAAACUCAUUACAGAUUCAGGCCAUAAGAUUCAUUUUUUGAUUAAGGAAAAUUUAAGACUCUUUGAAGCAGACCCAUCUUCAGAUGUAUGGAAAGCUUAUUUGGAGCAUAUAGAUGAGAUCAUUCUGGAUGGAUUCUUUAAUGUCAUUGAAUGUUCGCUUAAAUACCUUUUGGAAAAUACAGAGUCCAGGGCAGGGAAUGCUCCUCUUUUCAAAAUCCAGCUGGAGUUGUCUGUCCCUGAGAUGAUAUUUCGUCCUUCCCUGGAUGCUGGUGCCAGUGAUGGUUUCUAUGAUAUCAUUGAAGGGCUCGUCAACAAGAUCUACCGGGUCUCUUCCCUGGUACCAAGGCUUGCAGAUCACUGCACAUUUCCUCAUUAUCAGGCUGACAUGGAGGAGAUGGCUGACCUUGCUGACAUGCGCCAAAGUUUAAUGGGGCGUAUCCAGAAGAUGAUCUCGGCUUGUUGCAACUACCGCAAGUCCUUUGACCAGUACUCCUAUCUCUAUGUGGAUGACAGAAAAGAAUUCUUACAUCAGUUCCUCUUAUAUGGCCACGUUCUCACUGCAGAGGAGAUAGAAGUCCAUGCGGAGGAAGGAGUCCCAGAAACCCCUCCGACACUCCAGCAGUUCAGAGAGCAAAUAGACUCUUAUGAGAAGGUCUAUGAAGAAGUGAGCCACCUGGAACCAGUCUGUGUACUUGACAGCUGGAUGAAAGUGGACGCCCGCUCCUUCAAAGCAUCUCUUCUGGGUGUAAUUAAAAAAUGGAGUUUCAUGUUCAAGCAGCAUCUCAUUGAUCAUGUGACCCACAGUUUGUCUGACCUUGAGGAGUUUGCAAAGAUUGCUGAGAAAGGUUUGAACAAAAAGUUGGAGAAAGGAGAUUAUGAAGGUUUGGUGGAAGUUAUGGGUCAACUGAUGGCUGUUAAAGAUAGACAGUCUAGCACUGAUGAGAUGUUUGAGCCCUUGAAACAAACUAUUGAAUUAUUGAAGAAUUAUGAGCAAGAAUUGCCUGGGGAUGUCUAUAGACAACUGGAGGAACUGCCCGAAAAAUGGAACAAUGUGAAGAAGUUGGCCAUAAAUAUGAAACAGCAGGUAGCUCCCUUGCAGGCAAACGAAGUGGCCAUACUUCGCAGGAAAUGUGCUCUGUUUGAUGUGGAGCAGAAUAAAUUGAGAGAAAGAUUUCAUCAAGAGGCGCCUUUCAGGUUUGAUGCUACAAACCCUUAUGAAAUGCUAGAUGCAACCCAUGCAGAGCUACAGCAGAUGGAACUUACCAUGACCUCAAUUUAUAAAUCAGGAGCUUUAUUUGAAGUCAAUGUUCCAGACUACAAACAGCUCAAGCAGUGCCGAAAGGAAAUGUGCAUUCUUAAAGAACUCUGGGAUAUGAUUUCCAUAGUGAUAUCUAGCAUGAAUGAAUGGGAAGCUACGAAAUGGAUGGAUAUCAAUGUUGAAAAUAUGGAGCUGGAAUGCAAAAAGUUUGCCAAAGGCAUCCGGAACUUGGAUAAAGAAAUGAGAGCUUGGGAUGCUUUCUCAGGGUUGGACAACAAGGUGAAAAACAUCCUGACCUCCUUGAGGGCAGUGUCAGAACUGCAAAAUCCUGCCAUCCGGGAGAGACAUUGGAACCAACUGAUGCAAGCCACAGGCGUGUACUUCACCAUGGAUGCAGACACCACUUUGGCAGACCUGCUCAAACUCAACUUGCAUAGUUUUGAAGAUGAAGUUCGGAGCAUCGUUGACAAAGCCAUGAAAGAAAUGAGCAUGGAGAAAGUUGUGAAAGAACUUAAAACAACCUGGGCUAGCAUGGUGUUUCAAUAUGAGCCUCAUCCACGCACAAAUGUCCCGUUGUUGAAAUCUGAUGAAGAGCUCAUUGAGACACUUGAAGACAACCAAGUGCAGUUACAAAACUUAAUUACAUCCAAAUAUAUUGCUUUUUUCUUAGAGGAAGUGUCCUCCUGGCAGAGGAAGCUGUCUACAGCAGACUCGGUCAUUUCCAUCUGGUUUGAAGUUCAACGGAGCUGGUCUCACUUAGAAAGCAUAUUCAUUGGGUCAGAAGAUAUCCGGGCGCAACUUCCUGAGGAUUCCAAACGUUUUGAGGGAAUUGAUGUUGACUUUAAAGAACUGGCUUAUGAUGCUGAGAAAACCCCAAAUGUAAUAGAGGCAACUAAGAAGCCACAGCUAUAUGAGAAACUAGAAAAUAUUCAAAACAGAUUGUCUUUGUGUGAAAAAGCUUUGGCUGAAUAUUUAGACACCAAACGAUUGGCCUUUCCCAGGUUUUACUUUAUUUCGUCUGCUGAUUUACUUGAUAUUCUUUCAAAUGGCACCAAUCCACAGCUGGUUCAGCGCCAUCUCUCAAAACUUUUUGAUAACAUGGCCAAAAUGAAGUUUCGUGUGGAUUCUGAGCAAAACCCAACCAAGCUGGGUUUAGGGAUGUACAGUAAAGAGGAAGAAUAUGUUGAUUUUAGUGAGCCAUGUGAUUGCAGUGGGCAGGUGGAGUGCUGGCUGAACCGUGUGUUGGAUUGUAUGCGGGCCACUGUAAGGCAUGAGAUGACAGAGGCUGUGGUGGCUUAUGAGGAAAAGGCAAGGGAACAGUGGCUGUUUGACUAUCCUGCCCAGGUGGCACUGACUUGUACACAAAUCUGGUGGAGCACAGAGGUAGGGAUUGCCUUUGCCAGGCUGGAAGAAGGCUAUGAAAAUGCCAUGAAGGACUGUUAUAAGAAACAGGUGACACAGCUCAACACCCUGAUCACAAUGCUUAUUGGACAUCUUUCUAAAGGUGACAGGCAGAAGAUCAUGACCAUCUGCACCAUUGAUGUGCACGCUCGAGAUGUGGUGGCGAAGAUGAUUGCCCAAAAGGUGGACAAUGCACAGGUCUUUCUUUGGCUAUCACAACUCCGACACAGGUGGGCAGAAGAAGAAAAACACUGUUACGCAAAUAUUUGUGAUGCCCAGUUUCUAUAUUCUUACGAAUAUCUUGGCAACACACCACGACUAGUUAUCACUCCUCUAACAGACAGAUGUUAUAUCACACUCACGCAAUCAUUGCACCUAACAAUGAGUGGGGCACCUGCAGGGCCAGCUGGUACUGGGAAAACUGAGACCACCAAAGACCUGGGCCGAGCUCUUGGCAUCAUGGUAUAUGUGUUCAACUGUUCAGAGCAAAUGGAUUAUAAGUCUUGUGGGAACAUUUAUAAAGGUCUUUCCCAGACGGGCGCAUGGGGCUGUUUUGAUGAGUUUAACAGGAUCUCUGUUGAGGUUCUCUCAGUUGUGGCUGUACAGGUGAAAAGCAUACAGGAUGCUAUAAGAGACAAAAAACAGAACUUUAAUUUCCUUGGAGAAGAUAUUAAAUUAGUUCCUUCGGUUGGUAUAUUCAUAACUAUGAAUCCAGGCUAUGCAGGACGUACAGAACUGCCAGAGAAUUUGAAGGCUCUUUUUAGACCUUGUGCAAUGGUUGUACCAGAUUUUGAACUGAUCUGUGAAAUUAUGCUGGUGGCUGAAGGAUUUAUCGAAGCCCGGUUAUUAGCUAGGAAGUUCAUUACCCUUUAUCAGUUAUGCAAGGAACUUCUUUCCAAGCAGGAUCAUUAUGACUGGGGAUUACGUGCAAUCAAAUCAGUCUUGGUUGUAGCCGGGUCCCUCAAGAGAGGAGACCCUGAUCGUCCUGAAGAUCAGGUUCUGAUGCGCUCUCUUCGGGACUUUAACAUUCCAAAGAUUGUGACAGAUGACAUGCCAGUCUUCAUGGGUCUGAUUGGAGACCUGUUUCCUGCUUUGGAUGUCCCAAGAAAACGAGACCUCAAUUCUGAAUCCUUUGUAAAACAAGCUGUGCUGGAACUCAAACUUCAACCGGAGGACAACUUUGUACUCAAAGUAGUACAGCUUGAAGAGCUCCUUGCUGUUCGACACUCCGUCUUUGUAGUGGGCAACGCAGGCACAGGCAAGUCACAAGUGCUGAAAUCUCUGAACAAGACUUAUCAUAUCAUGAAGCGGCGACCUGUUUGGACAGACCUCAAUCCAAAAGCAGUGACGAAUGAUGAACUCUUUGGCAUCAUAAAUCCAUCUACAAGAGAAUGGAAAGAUGGAUUGUUCUCAUCGAUUAUGCGAGAUUUAGCCAACAUUACCCAUGACGGUCCCAAAUGGAUUGUGUUGGAUGGUGAUAUUGAUCCAAUGUGGAUUGAAUCUCUCAAUACUGUCAUGGAUGACAAUAAGGUAUUAACACUAGCAAGCAAUGAACGGAUCCCGCUCAACCCCACCAUGAGGCUUCUGUUUGAGAUCAGUCACCUGCGGACUGCCACUCCAGCCACUGUGUCCAGAGCAGGGAUCCUUUAUAUCAACCCAGCUGAUCUAGGCUGGAAUCCUCCAGUAAGUAGCUGGAUUGACAGAAGAGAAACUCAGUCAGAACGAGCUAACCUGACCAUUUUGUUUGACAAGUAUUUGCCAGUUUGUCUGGAUACACUUCGAACCAGAUUUAAGAAGAUUAUUCCCAUUCCUGAACAGAACAUGGUUCAGAUGUUGUGUUAUCUUCUUGAAUGCCUCCUCACCAAGGAGAAUACCCCUCCAGAUUGCCCUAAAGAUCUCUAUGAACUUUAUUUUGUCUUUGCUGCUGUUUGGGCCUUUGGUGGUGCUCUGUUCCAAGACCAGCUUAUAAACUACAGAGUUGAAUUCAGUAAAUGGUGGAUGACUGAAUUCAAGACCAUCAAGUUUCCUUCCCAAGGAACAGUUUUUGACUUUUAUAUUGAUUCAGAAACAAAAAAAAUUGAACCUUGGUCCAAACUGAUUCCCAAAUUUGAAUUUGACCGAGAAAUACCAUUACAGGCCUGUCUGGUUCAUACCAAUGAAACCAUCCGGCUGCGCUAUUUCUUGGACCAUCUCUUGGAGACACACAGGCCUGUCAUGCUGGUGGGAAAUGCAGGCACGGGAAAGUCUGUGAUUGUCGGAGAUAAGCUGUCUUUCCUGGAUUCCGAGCAGUACCUGGUGAAGAAUGUUCCUUUUAAUUACUAUACCACCUCUGCCAUGUUGCAAGCUGUUCUAGAGAAGCCACUGGAAAAAAAGGCUGGAAGGAAUUAUGGUCCUCCUGGAACAAAGAAACUCAUCUACUUCAUUGACGAUAUGAAUAUGCCUGAAGUUGACACCUAUGGAACAGUCCAGCCUCAUACACUGAUGCGGCAACAUCUGGACUAUGGGCAUUGGUAUGACAGAAACAAGCUGUCCCUGAAGGAAAUCACGAAUGUGCAGUACGUGUCAUGCAUGAAUCCCACUGCAGGCAGCUUUACUAUCAACCCACGUUUGCAGCGCCACUUCUGUGUGUUUGCCCUCUCAUUUCCUGGGGCAGAUGCUCUUUCUACCAUUUACAGUACUAUCCUAACUCAGCAUCUAAAAUGGGGGAACUUCUCUGCAGCCUUACAGAAGUCAUCCCAGCAGUUAAUACAUCUGGCUCUUGCUCUGCACCUGAAAAUAGCAGCCACAUUCCUCCCAACAGCGAUUAAAUUUCACUACAACUUCAAUCUUAGGGAUUUCUCCAACGUCUUCCAAGGUAUUCUGUUUUCAACUCCUGAAUGUUUGAAGACUCCUCAGGAUUUGGUAAAGCUAUAUUUACAUGAAUCCAAUCGUGUUUACCGUGACAAGAUGGUUGAUGACAAGGAUUUAAUUGUUUUUGAUAAAAUGCAAGCAGAGGCAGUGAAGAAGUUCUAUGAUGACAUAGAGGAAACUUUGGAACAAACCAAGAAGAUGAAUAUCUAUUGUCAUUUUGCAAAAGGGGUAGGAGAACCCAAAUAUAUGCCUGUCCAGAAUUGGGAAUCAUUGAGCCAGAUUCUUGUGGAAGCUUUGGAGAACCACAAUGAAGUUAAUGCUGCCAUGAACCUGGUGCUGUUUGAAGAUGCCAUGUGCCACAUUUGCCGAAUCAACCGUAUCCUGGAAUCUCCCAGAGGGAAUGCUCUGCUAGUGGGUGUUGGUGGAAGUGGCAAGCAGAGCCUGACAAGAUUGGCAGCUUUCAUUAGCUCUCUGGAGAUUUUCCAAAUCACCUUGAGGAAAGGCUAUGGGAUUCCUGAUCUGAAGGCUGACUUAGCAGCACAAUGUAUCACGGCAGGAAUGAAGAAUGUGGGCACUGUCUUUCUUCUGACUGAUACUCAGCUGGCUGAUGAGAGAUUCUUAGUUCUGGUUAAUGACUUGCUAGCUUCAGGAGAAAUUCCUGAUCUUUUUCCUGAUGAAGAAAUAGAAAAUAUCAUAAGUAAUAUGAGGAAUGAAGUAAAAACUCAUGGUCUGAUGGACACGAGGGAGGCCUGCUGGAAAUUCUUUAUUGAUCGGGUUAGACGACAGCUCAAGGUGGCACUUUGCUUUUCUCCAGUGGGGAACAAACUGAGAGUUCGUAGCCGGAAGUUCCCAGCCAUUGUGAACUGUACAGUGAUCGACUGGUUCCAUGAGUGGCCUCAGGAAGCUCUGGAAUCAGUCAGCCUGCGCUUCUUGCAAGGGACAGAAGGUAUUGAGCCUCCUGUGAAAGAAUCUAUCAGCAAGUUCAUGGCUUAUGUUCAUACCAGUGUUAAUGAGAUGUCUUAUUCUUACCUGACUAAUGAACGUCGUUAUAAUUACACCACCCCCAAGUCGUUUUUGGAGCAAAUCAAACUGUAUCAGAAUUUGCUGCUUAAAAAGAGAAAAGAACUAACAGCAAAGAUGGAGCGACUAGAAAAUGGUCUACAGAAGCUCAGCAGCACAUCAGCACAGGUAGAUGAUUUGAAGGCCAAACUGGCAGCUCAGGAGGUGGAGCUGAAACAGAAGAAUGAAGAUGCCGACCAGCUGAUUCAGGUGGUGGGCACUGAGACCGAGAAAGUCAGUAAGGAGAAGGCCAUUGCUGAUGAGGAGGAGCAGAAGGUGGCCUUGAUUACUGAGGAGGUGCAGCAGAAACAGAAGGACUGUGAGAAAGAUUUGGCACAAGCUGAACCUGCCCUUGCUGCUGCCCAGCAAGCCCUGAACACAUUGAAUAAGACCAAUCUGACGGAACUGAAGUCAUUUGGAUCGCCACCAUCUGCUGUCAGCAAUGUUACUGCUGCCGUGAUGGUACUCAUGGGUUCGGGUGGUAAGGUCCCCAAGGACAGGAGCUGGAAAGCAGCUAAGGUGGCCAUGGCCAAGGUUGACAGCUUCCUAGACUCCUUGAUUCACUUCAACAAAGAGAAUAUACAUGAGAACAGCCUCCGAGCCUUGCAACCUUAUCUUCAGGAUACAACUUUCAACCCAGAACUGGUGGCAUCCAAGUCCUAUGCAGCUGCUGGGCUCUGUUCCUGGGUCAUCAACAUCGUGCGCUUUUACAAUGUAUACUGUGAUGUCGAGCCCAAGCGUCAGGCUCUCAACAAAGCCAAUGCUGAGCUUGCUAAUGCCCAGGAAAAGCUGGCUAACAUCAAGGCCAAAAUUGCACAUCUUAAUGAAAAUCUGGCAAGGUUGACAGCCAAAUUUGAGAAGGCCACCAUGGAGAAGCUGAAAUGUCAGCAAGAUGCAGAAGCCACUGAACAUACCAUCUCCCUUGCAAAUCGCCUGGUUGGGGGCCUGGCCUCUGAAAAUGUGAGAUGGGCUGAUUCAGUAAGAGAUUUCAAACUGCAAGAAAAUGCAUUGUGUGGUGAUGUCUUAUUGAUUACUGCCUUUGUCUCCUACUUGGGUUAUUUCAGCAAGAAAUAUAGACAAGACCUGAUGGACCAUGCAUGGAAACCAUACUUAAAGCAACUAAAAGUUGCAAUUCCUGUCACUCCCUCUUUGGACCCUCUGAAGAUGCUCACUGAUGAUGCUGACAUAGCAGCUUGGCAAAAUGAAAGUCUACCAGCUGAUCGCAUGUCUGUUGAAAAUGCUACCAUUCUCACCAACUGUGAGCGAUGGCCACUCAUGGUUGACCCCCAGCUGCAGGGUAUCAAGUGGAUAAAAACCAAGUAUGGAGAAGACCUCAGAGUGACUCGGAUUGGCCAGAAGGGGUAUCUGGACAUUGUGGAACAAGCUCUUGCUGCUGGAGAAGUUGUUCUGAUUGAGAACUUGGAAGAAUCCGUUGAUCCAGUGUUAGGUCCAUUGCUGGGGCGAGAGACAAUAAAAAAAGGAAGGUUCAUUAAAAUUGGAGAUAAAGAAUGUGAGUACAACCCCAGCUUCCAACUGAUCCUUCAUACAAAACUAGCCAAUCCCCAUUACCAGCCAGAAAUGCAAGCACAGUGCACCCUCAUCAACUUUACUGUGACUCGGGAUGGCCUAGAAGACCAGCUGCUGGCAGCAGUUGUGAGCAUGGAGAGGCCUGACCUGGAAGAAUUAAAGUCUGAUCUCACAAAGCAACAGAAUGGUUACAAAAUUACCUUGAAAACUUUGGAGGACAACUUGCUGUCCCGUCUCUCGUCUGCCUCAGGGAACUUUUUAGCAGAUACUGCCUUGGUGGAGAAUUUGGAAGUCACUAAACAAACAGCUGCGGAAAUUGAAGAUAAGGUCCAGGAGUCCAAGAUAACAGAAACCAAGAUUAAUGAGGCAAGGGAACAUUACCGUCCGGCAGCAGCUCGUGCUUCCCUGCUGUAUUUCAUCAUGAAUGACCUCAACACCAUCAAUCCCAUGUACCAAUUUUCCCUAAAGGCAUUUAAUGUGGUUUUCCAGAAAGCUGUCUCAAGAGCUCCACCAGAUGAAAUCCUGAAAGAGCGAGUAAACAACCUGAUUGAUAGUAUCACAUUCUCAGUGUUUCAAUAUACAACUCGUGGACUCUUUGAAUGUGACAAACUGACUUACACAGCCCAAGUCACUUUCCAGAUACUUCUGAAGAACAAAGAAAUCAGUGCAAUGGAACUUAACUUCCUGCUGCGAUAUCCUGCCCAAACAGGUGUCACCAGUCCUGUAGAAUUUUUGACAAAUCAUUCAUGGGGUGGCAUCAAGGCCUUGUCAGCCAUGGAACAGUUUCGGAACCUGGAUCGUGACAUUGAAGGAUCUGCCAAGCGCUGGAAGAAGUUUGUGGAGUCUGAAUGCCCUGAAAAGGAGAAGUUCCCUCAGGAGUGGAAGAAUAAGUCAGCUUUACAGCAUCUGUGUAUGAUGAGAGCACUACGACCUGACCGUAUGACUUAUGCUGUCCGGGAUUUUGUGGAAGAAAAGCUUGGGAGCAAAUAUGUGGCAGGACGAUCUCUGGAUUUUGCAACCUCCUAUGAAGAGUCAGGACCUGCGACCCCCAUGUUCUUUAUCCUCUCACCUGGAGUGGAUCCUUUGAAAGAUGUAGAGAAACAUGGAAAGAAACUUGGCUACACAUUUAACAACCGGAAUUUCCAUAAUGUCUCACUGGGGCAAGGUCAAGAGAUAGUAGCAGAACAAGCCCUCGACCUGGCAGCAGCAGAAGGACACUGGGUUAUCUUGCAGAACAUUCACCUAGUGGCCAAGUGGUUGAGUUCUCUGGAGAAGAAACUAGAGCAGCACAGCGAAGGUAGCCACCCUGAUUUCCGGACCUUUAUCAGUGCAGAGCCUGCAGCUUCUCCUGAAAGCCAUCUGAUACCACAGGGUAUCCUUGAGAAUUCCAUCAAAAUCACAAAUGAACCUCCAACUGGGAUGCAUGCCAACCUGCACAAGGCUCUGGACAACUUCAGCCAGGACACCCUGGAGAUGUGUACCCGUGAAAAUGAGUUCAAGAGCAUCCUUUUUGCCCUCUGUUAUUUCCAUGCUGUGGUAGCAGAAAGGCGCAAAUUUGGCCCUCAGGGCUGGAAUCGUUCAUACCCAUUUAACAUUGGGGACCUCACAAUUUCUGUCAAUGUUCUAUACAAUUACUUGGAGGCUACUUCUAAGGUUCCCUAUGAUGACCUCCGGUAUCUCUUCGGAGAGAUCAUGUAUGGGGGUCACAUUACAGAUGAUUGGGAUAGGCGUCUCUGUAAAUCCUACUUAGAAGAAUUUAUCAAGCCUGAAAUGCUAGAAGGAGAAUUCUUAUUGGCUUCUGGAUUUCCCCUCCCAGGAAACAUGGACUACAGUGGUUAUCAUCAGUAUAUCGAUGAUGCCCUACCUCCUGAAUCUCCAUAUCUAUAUGGCCUCCACCCCAAUGCAGAAAUUGGCUUCUUAACCCAAACAUCAGAGAAGCUUUUCCGUACUGUUUUGGAGCUACAACCUCGAGACACUAAUCUUGGAGAAGGUGUAGGGACCACUCGGGAAGAGAAGGUGAAGGCACUGCUUGAUGACAUCCUGGAGAAAUUAACGGACGAAUUUAACAUUCCCGAGCUUAUGGCCAAAGUAGAAGAGAGAACACCAUACAUUGUGGUUGCCUUCCAGGAAUGCGAACGCAUGAACUUUCUCACUAGUGAGAUCAAGAGGUCACUGAGAGAGCUAGACCUGGGACUGAAGGGUGAAUUAACCAUGACCAAUGACAUGGAAACUUUACAGAAUGCCAUCUUCUUAGAUAUGGUGCCUGAAUCAUGGACCAGGAGAGCUUACCCUUCCAUGUCUGGUUUAGGCAGUUGGUUCACCGACCUUCUCAAUCGCAUCAGAGAGCUUGAAACAUGGAUAGGAGACUUCGUGCUACCAUCUGUGGUGUGGCUGGCAGGAUUCUUUAACCCACAGUCUUUCUUGACAGCUAUCAUGCAGUCCAUGGCCCGAAAAAAUGAGUGGCCUCUGGACAAAAUGACACUGCAAUGUGACGUGACUAAGAGAAACCGUGAAGAGUUCACCAGUCCUCCACGGGAAGGUGCAUAUAUUCAUGGCUUGUUUAUGGAAGGUGCACGCUGGGAUAUGCAGGCUGGAUUAAUUGCUGAUGCCAGACUGAAGGAUUUGACUCCACCCAUGCCGAUUAUUUUCAUCAAAGCCAUCCUUGUUGACAAGCAAGAUACACGCAACGUAUAUCCUUGUCCUGUAUAUAAAACUCGCCAAAGGGGUCCUACCUAUAUUUGGACAUUUAACUUGAAGACUAAAGAGAAACCAUCCAAAUGGAUUUUAGCAGGGGUUGCUCUCCUGCUGCAAGUGUAG